AUGAAUGACAUGGAAAUGAGGCAUACAAAAGACAAUUUGGAGUCACAAGAAUAUACCCAAAGAGAAAAGACAGUCAAAACUUUAUUUCUGAUAUGUUCAAUGUUUGCAUUGGGUCUAGAACAAGAACUAACUGGUACAACUUUAAAAGAUCUGAUUAUUCUAACUAAUUCAAACUAUGAAGUAAUGGCACGUGCGAUGGUUGGGUCUAGUGUAGGCUAUAUUAUAUUAGCAGUUUUAGGUGGGCCGUUGGUAGAUAGAUUUGGCGGAUACUGUGACCUAAUGGUUGCUUUAUGCUUAUCUGUAUCUGCAUUGGCUACACUACUUACUCCGUAUACACCCUUGUUUGGGGUACUGUGGGCGUUAUUUUGUGUUAGGGGCAUGUGCGCAGGUUUACAAAAUAUAGCUGGUCAAACCAUUUUAAUUGGUCUGUGGAAAGAAAAAGCAACAGGACCGUUACAUGUUCUACAUUUUGGAUAUGGGAUCGGAGCAAUUAUAGUGCCAUUGAUACUCAAUCCCUUUCUAGCAGUCUUGUCACCUGAUAGUACAAAUGAAACGUCGUCUAUUGGACAGAUUCUAAAUGUUACAGAUCAACAUAUCCCAUUGAAAAAUGACAAUGAAACAAUUAGUCAGUAUUUGAAAGUCUCGAGAAUUAAAACCGGCUACCUUAUUGUUGCAAUCAUUGUUGCAUCAGUAGCUACUGUUUUUGUUUUCUAUCAAUUCUGUUAUAGACGGAUAAUACAUGUGUCAAUCAAAACAGUCAAAGGAAAAAUCAAAAUCCGAGAAUUAGCUAAAUUUAUUGAUCCAAAGAAAUGUACCGGUGGAAAUCGUUUGUACAGUGUACAAAUAAUGGGACUGUUAUUCUUUUAUUUCUUCAAUACUAUUGGAGGAGAGAUAAUCAUUAAAACGUAUCUCAGAAGUUAUUCCAUAGAUAAACUGAAUUUUUCGGGAGACGAUGGGUCAAUUCUGAACACUGCUUUUGCCAUAAGUUAUACACUAUCUAGACUGGCAGGAUUAAUAACCAGUAGAUAUGUACCAGUACGUAUUUUAGUCGUACUCGAAUCCUUCGGUUUAGUGGUAACAACAGUACUGUUAGAGAUAUUCGCUCGAAACAGUAAGCAGGCGUUGUGGAUUUUAAGCAUAUUCCUGGGCAUGUUUGUAUCUCCUUUAUAUCCCAGUGGAAUGGGAUGGGGAAACUACUUUAUCAAUUUAACAGGAACGGCAAUCGCUUUUAUCGUAACCAGUUCUGCAUUUGGUGCAAUGGUGUAUGGAUGGUUGCUUGGAUAUUUAUAUCAGAAUUAUGGAUACGAAAUGUUUCUACAUCAGACUUUAGCUUGUGGAGGAAUGGUGUUUUUCUGUACGAUCCUUAUGGCUGUAGUUACACAUGGUUCUAAAGGACGAUAUAAUAAGAGCAAUACUGAUUUGAAAGAAGAAAGUGAUGAAUAA